UCCCUUCCCGAGCCGGCGGUGAGCCAAGAUGGGCCGAGGCAGUUUGGGCAUUUGGCUCUGCAGGGACAGAGGGGAGAGGGAGGGGUCCAGGCUGCUUCUGCGGCCGGAGAAGGAGCAGCAGCAGCAGCAAGAGGAGGAGGAGGAAGAGGCGGAAGUCCUUUGUUGCUGCCGCCGCUGCAAAGCCAGGAAGAGCAGGAGGAGAGAGCCCGGGGAUCCCCAAGAGGGAAGCCUUCUGUUCCAAGGCCGGGGAAGGAAGACGGCUGCUGCGUCCAACUCGUGAUCAGAAGGACGUUGGCAAAGUGGAAGAGUUGCAGAAGGAGCCUGCAAGGAUGUUAACAAAGUUCAGAAAGCAAGUCAGAUGAAACAGCUGCAGGAACUGGAGCUGUGAUUCAAGCACAAGAUGGCAAGGACAAGCCAUAGCAACUAUGUUCUUCAGCAGCUCAACAACCAAAGGGAGUGGGGAUUCCUCUGCGACUGCUGCAUUGCGAUCGACGAUAUCUACUUCCAGGCUCACAAAGCAGUCCUGGCCGCCUGCAGUUCUUACUUUAGGAUGUUUUUCAUGAGCCAGCAGCACAGCACAGCACAGCUCAAUCUCAGCAACAUGAAGAUUACAGCCGAAUGCUUUGAUCUCAUUUUACAGUUUAUGUACUUAGGGAAAAUCAUGACAGCCCCAGCCAACUUUGAUCAGUUUAAAGUGGCCAUGAAUUCCCUUCAGCUCUAUAACGUGCCAGAAUGUUUAGAAGAUAUACAAGAUGCAAACUCCUCUGGGUUGCAGUGUUCCUCUUCUGCUUCUAGCACCCAAAAUAGCAAAAUGAUUUUUGGCGUCCGGAUGUAUGAAGACACGUUGGCUAGAAGUGGGAGUGAAGCAAACAGGUGGGGUGUCGAGCCUCCAAGUUCAACGGUGAGCACCUCCCAGAGCAGGGAGGUGGAUGAGGAACCCUUGCAGCUGAGCAGUUUCCCUGAGCAGCCCUUGGAAAGCUGCAAAAGGAGUACUGUGCCCAAGCACUCAAGCACCAAAGACCGAGUAUCCAAUUCACGGCGCUUUGGAAGAAGUUUUACAUGUGAUGGCUGUGGCUUCAGCUUCAGCUGCGAGCGGCUGUUAGAUGAGCACAUCACGUCAUGCACUAACAGGCAUUCAUAUCAGAAUGUCAAGUAUUAUGGGGCUGAAACAAAAGACAACAGUGAGGGAGACUCUGCUCUUACAAUGUCAUCUUCCCAGUUGGAAAAAUACAAAGCAGAUGGAGACCAUGCUACGGACAGGUCUUCAUCCCCAGCAUCAAAUGUAACAAGUGGGAAAGGCAGCAGCCUUACUUUGGAGCAGUUAGACGAAGAACGAAGCCGAGCCAGUGAGAGGAAAAGGAUUAUUGUCAAGAUGGAGCCGGAUGACCACCCAGUGGAUGGCCUGAAAGAGUUCAACAUUAUCAAGGUGACAGAUGGUAAUGAUUCCACCGACAAUGAUGAUCUAGAUGAUGAUGAGCCAGUCUAUAGAUAUUACAUUGAGGAAGAGGUGAAUGAAAGCAGACGUGUUAGGAAAGCUCUCUUAAAACCUCACAUGCCUAUUGAUGGAGGGACUAGGAAAUACUUUAGAAGUGCCAGGAUCCUUAACAAUAAAGUGAAUGUAGUCAAGGAAGUGACAGAACACGCAUCCUGUGAACUGUGUGGGUUGACAAUCACAGAAGAAGACCUGUCUUCUCAUUACUUAUCCAAACACAUAGAAAAUAUAUGUGCCUGUGGGAAAUGUGGCCAGAUAUUAGUCAAAGGACGACAGCUGCAGGAUCAUGCCCAGAGUUGUGGAGAGCCCCAAGACUUGACCACGAAUGGCGUAAGAAAUGCAGAAGAGAAAAUUGACCCAGAAGAGAGCCCCGAGGAACAAGCUGAAAACCAAGAGAUGAUGUAUGUUGAGAUGUUGGAUGAGUUUGGGGACAGUCAUUUCCAGAUGAACAGUCUCCCAAAGAAACAACUGUACAGGGAUUCAGCAUGCCCUUUCCGAUGCCCUAACUGUGGCCUCCGUUUUGAAACAGAAAACUUGGUGGUUGAACACAUGUCCAGUUGCUUGGACCAAGAUCUGUUCAAGAAUACCAUUUUGGAAGAGAAUGAAAGGGACCAUCGCCGCAAACAUUUCUGCAGUCUCUGUGGGAAAGGCUUUUAUCAGCGUUGUCAUUUGCGGGAACAUUAUACUGUGCACACCAAGGAAAAACAGUUUGUUUGUCAGACUUGUGGUAAGCAGUUCCUAAGAGAACGCCAACUGCGCCUUCACAAUGAUAUGCACAAAGGCAUGGCUAGGUAUGUCUGCUCCAUUUGCGACCAAGGAAACUUCCGAAAGCACGACCACGUCCGGCACAUGAUAUCCCAUCUAUCUGCUGGAGAGACAAUAUGCCAGGUCUGCUUUCAGAUUUUCCCAAAUAAUGAAGAACUGGAGCAGCACAUGGAUGUUCACUUGUACACAUGUGGUGUUUGUGGUGCCAAAUUUAACCUGAGGAAAGAUAUGAGAUCGCACUAUAACGCCAAACAUUUGAAAAGAACAUGAGCACAUAAGGCUUGUGGACAUGAACUAAAACAAAAAGGAACACCAAAGCAAGCAAUAGUGCAUAAAGGAAAUGAAUUGUCCUGUUUAACAUGACUGGGGUUUUUAAAGAGCCUUUAAGUCAUAUCCAUCUUCAUUUAAGGUCUUAAAAGUAUUUAAAGUAUAUACAUACUGCUUAAAAACAACAAAUGUUUAAUUAUUGCAUUUUUACUCUUGCCAGUUUCUGUUUCUGAUUUUUUUCUUGUUGCUCUCUUAAAUCAUUACUCUGCACUGUAGAUUAUAAAGGUACACUGUCGUAUUCAAGGCACUAGCUUCUAUUAAACAGCUUCACAUCAGUAAA